AUGACCAGCACCGGAUUCCCACCUGCAAUCACUGCCCAUUGUGUUUGUUGGAUCGACCAGGUCUGCACUGUCAGGAACUGGACCCAGGUCUCUGCAGCUGUAAGCAGCGCCGCCAGUCUCAAGCAGGUGUCCAACAUGGCGAUCACGGGGAGCGGAUCUCUCGCUGUUUCUCUCUCUGUUUUCGUGAUUUCAGCGGCGUUUCUUCCGAAAGGAGCUGCUGAAACCGUGACAGUCGAAGGUCAGAACCUAGCAACUGACAACGUGUCGGUGAUCGAGGGGGAAAUGGCAACCAUCAGCUGCAGAGUGAAGAACAACGACGACUCCGUCAUCCAGCUGCUCAACCCCAACAGACAGACCAUCUACUUUAAAGAUGUUCGACCUCUGAAGGACAGCCGGUUCCAGCUGGUGAAUUUCUCUGACAACGAACUGCGGGUGUCUCUGUCCAAUGUGUCACUCUCCGAUGAGGGACGCUAUGUGUGCCAGCUCUACACAGAUCCUCCUCAGGAAGCCUACGCAGACAUCACUGUCCUGGUCCCGCCAGGCAGCCCAAUCAUCGAGAGCCGGGAGGACGUGGUCAGCGAGGGGAACGAGACGGAGCUCACCUGCACAGCCAUGGGCAGCAAGCCAGCUGCCUCCAUCAGAUGGAUGAAAGGGGAGGAGGAACUGACAGGUGAGAUGGCAGUUGAGGAGACAUAUGACAGGAUGUUUACUGUCACCAGCCGGGUAAAAUUUUCUGUCACCAAAGAGGACGAUGGAGUGCCAGUGGACUGCAUCAUUGACCACCCAGCUGUAAAGGACCUCCUGGCUCAAAGACACUUGGAAGUGCUGUAUAAACCAGAGGUGAAGAUUGUGGUGACAUAUCCUGAAGGUUUAACCAGAGAGGGUGACAACCUAGAUUUGACCUGUAUCGCAGAAGGAAAACCACAUCCCCAUCAGAUCAACUGGCUGAGAGUAGACGAGGAUGUGCCGCCUCACGCUGUGGUGACCGGCUCUGAUCUCUACAUCGAGAACCUCAACAAGUCCUACAAUGGCACCUAUCGCUGUGUGGCGUCCAAUGCUGUGGGAGAGGCCUACGACGACUAUAUCCUCUAUGUAUAUGAUGCUCCCACUACUAUCCCCACACCCACCACCAACCCAGUCAACACGCAAGACUCCAGAGCCGGUGAGGGGGCACCACAGAAAAUUGACCAUGCUGUCAUCGGAGGAGUGGUUGCCGUGGUGAUGUUUGCCAUCCUCUGUGCACUCAUUGUUCUUGGUCGAUACUUUGCCAGACACAAAGGAACUUACUUCACACAUGAAGCCAAAGGGGCUGACGAUGCAGCCGAUGCAGACACGGCCAUCAUCAAUGCAGAGGGAGGACAUAACAACACAGAUGAGAAGAAGGAGUAUUAUAUCUAAACUGGACAGGCCAGGAGAGACGGGUGGGAAAGCUGCUGAUGGUGGUGGUGCUGUAGCUGUAGGAGCAUUAUGUCUAACUCUGAUUGGUUACGAGACGGCUUGAGGGCAGGGAGGGUGAGAUUUAAAGAGGAAGAGAAGAAAGAAAUGAGAAAAAAAAUGGUAUGUAGGACUGCCGUGGCCAAGUGGUAAUAAGAGGCGUUGCUGAGUCUCCUAUCCGACCCUUCCUGGACUGCUGGGGCCUAUUCUGUACAGUUCAAUUAUUUUACAGACAAUUUUGUGCCUUGUUCUAUUUCUUUUGUUUAUUUGGUUGUCUAUGUGUGCUGCAGCUAGCUUUUAGCUCAUGUACCCAGAUCUGAGGAG